UCUGCUGGGUGUCCUUGGCCACGUCAGUGUCAAAUAAAACCUUAAUGAACAGGUGACGCGCUCUGCAGCGACGCAGCCGCUGUUCCUCCUCUGAGCGCGCUCUGGCUGGAUACCGCACCGCGGUCAGGUGGGGAGCUGGAGCUCAGCUGAAAGCACAAGGUCUCCACUGAUAGAAGAUAUAAAAACAUAGUUAUGAUACAGAGAGAAGAUGAUGUGGAUGAAAGAGCAGCGGAGGCGGAAUAGAUCGGAUCCGCCGCGAUGAGCGCCUCUUUCCCCAAAUCUGAAUCCACCACAUCUUUACUCAAACCAUCGAGGAGAUCGACACACCUCCCCGAUCAGACAUCAGAGAUCCGGAGAGGUCAGCAUCACCAUCAGCACCACCACCGUCCCGCCGCGCUCCACAGCAGCGGAAAACCAGACGACUCCUUCUGGUCGGCGGACGGCGACGUCAGCGCGCGCAGACCCCUGUGCCAUCCCUCCGCGGCCGGCGGCCAGGAGGGGAGCCAUGCCGCAGCCGCACGGGGCAAACCCAAGCCCCAAGGUUCCCCUCAGCCGGCGGACAGAGAGGUGAACCCCAAACCCGCACACCGUCACCACCACCACCACCACCGCAGGAAGCACCACCACCCGGAUGACCCCGAGCAUCACCUCCCCUGUCACGCGCACGCCCGCAGGCUGCCCUCCCUCUCGGACAGCACCGAUGACAGGGCCCCGCUGUGUGAGCCCAGGGACCGGAAGAGGAGCAGCACGGCCGGCGGCGGCGGUCAGCUCGGCAGUCCCUCCCCGUCCUCCUGCUCCCCUGUCCCGCCUUCCAGCAGGUCGUCCCGCCGCUCCAGGAGGUCCAGCGCAGCUUCCUCCGCAUCCGACAUCAAUUUGAGGAGCAUCCUUAACUCCCUGUUCGGGCAGGACAGAGAGCUGCGACCGGAAGAAAUGGACGAGCUGCGAGAUGCAUUCAAGGAAUUUGAUAAAGACAAGGAUGGCUUCAUAAGCUGCAAAGAUCUGGGAAACUGUAUGAGGACCAUGGGAUACAUGCCGACCGAAAUGGAGCUGAUAGAACUGAGUCAGCAGAUAAACAUGAACCUUGGCGGCCAUGUUGAUUUUGACGAUUUUGUGGAGCUAAUGGGCCCAAAACUCCUCGCUGAAACUGCAGACAUGAUCGGGAUAAAGGAGUUAAAGGACGCGUUUAGGGAGGUAAGGUUUAUGUGUGUGUGUGCUGUCUGGCUCUACUCAAUCUUUCUGACCUAUUUUACUGUUUUUCAGGUGGGUCUUAAAGAGGUAGAAGACAUCCUAAAGGACGUGGACUUAAAUGGGGAUGGACUUGUUGACUUUGAAGAGUUCGUACGGAUGAUGUCUCGCUAAAAUCAGAUCUCGGUCCUGAAUGUGGCGCCGCGUCCCUCUUCACACUGAAACCCCGUCCAGCUAAAGGACGAGCCAAGAUCUACUGAGCCAUCUUUAAAUCUAAACCACACUGGAAUCCAAACUCCUCGAAUGUUACAGAGCGAGGGGCUCACCUCCCACUUUAGGUCGAUGAAGUGUUCUUCCUAAAAACGUUUAAAGUUGAACUGAGGCAGAGUUUGCUGUAGCAUAGCAAAGGAUUGUCUAAUUUAUGUUUUUUGCACUUUAUUUCUCUCUUAAUAACUUCCUGUGAGAUAGAUUGUCCGUGUCCUGUCUCAGACUCUACAUGGUGUAACUAAGUGUCUUAUUAAAAUGUCACCUUUGAUGUUUCAGCGGCAUUAGAAUAAGAGACUGAAUGUAGGACCCACAGAACAUUAGCACUGUUGAAUGUUUAUCUAUUCACACGUUGUCUGUUGUAUUAGAAAUGUACUUGAAGGACCUUUGUGCAGCAAUGGUGCUUCACCAAGAAUCAAGGUGGCAAUACCAAACAUGUAAUGUAAUUUGUGACCAUGUGUAAUUUUUCACUGUGCUAAAACCAUUUCAAUGAAAAGGCAUCACUGUCAUGCAUGAAAGGAAGAAAUCUGGUCCUAAUACGAAGCAAAUACCUGAAAUGCCUCCAUAUGUGUUAUUCACUGAGAUCGGCAGAAGAACAAGGAAGGAAAACAAGAGGCUGUAAAAGAUAGGCAGCUUUUCUUAAAGUGCUCACCAGGCCUGACCAGCGAUGGGUGUUCUGCAGCAAUAUGCCAACAUUGCCAAGACUGUCGUUUGUGUCUGAAUUCGCAGAAGGCUGGGGAGGAGAAAGUGCUGUUUUUAAGGUCUGUUCAGGUCUGCACGAGGUCACACGUUAGUAAAAUGCAUGUGAAAGUCCAGUGGAUCUGAUCAUGUUGUACGUCAUCAUCCUGACUCUGUAUGCUGUAACCUUCCAUACAUCUGUGCUGUCAAACAAUAUUUUUAUGCAUGCCAAAGAGAGACAUUUACUACAUUUAGUAUGCACAAUUUUGUCUACAAAAGGAGGAAACAUAAUACUUUGGCAAGUUAACUGUAGAAAAAUAAAA